AUGACAACAAAUGAAAACAAUAAUCAAUUAGAAAUCAAUCAAUCAAUCAAUUAUACUGAAUCAAUUUAUCAUUUAUGUUAUGGUUAUUUAAUACAUGAUUUAAAAAUUAAAAAUAAAUCACAAUUAUUUGAUAGAACUAUUGCAGAAAAUGAAAUUGAUCAUAUUAAACCAAUAUGUUCUAUACGUUUAUUAUUAUUAUUUUGUAAAGAUUGUUUACGUAUAAAACGUUAUAUAACUAAUACAAAUCGUUAUAAACGUUAUACAUUAUAUUAUAAACAAAUUGAAGUGUAUUAUUUUACACCCUAUAUGAAAAAUAUAUUAAUAUUAGGUAUCCUAUCACCAAAUGGUCUAAAACGUAGUUAUCAAUAUAUUUAUAUUAAAAAUAAUGAUGAUCAUUUUAAAAUACAAACAAUAUUCAAUCAAAUUUUUGAAAAUUCAUUAAAAAUAUUAACAAAUAUGCCAAUUAUUGGUCAAUUAUUAAUUAAAAGUUUUCAUAAUGAAUCUAUACGUAGUAAAAGAUUAGGACAAAUAAUUUUGGAUGAUUUACAUACAUCUAAUGAUGUCGUUAAUGAAAUUAAAGAGAAUGAUGAUAAUAAUCCAAUUAUUAAUGAAUAG